UCUUCCUUUUAUAGUUAUUUCUCGCCUGGCACUCGCCCGGGCCGCCGCCGCUGCUGCUGCUGCUGCUGCUGCCGCCGCGGCGGGGGCCGCUCGCGAACCUGUGGCGGUGACGUGAGACCGGCCAACCCGGAAACGGCGGCGGCGGCGGCACCCGAGGCUCCGAGGCUCCUGCGCUCCAGCGCCCGCGGCCGCGCUCCCCUCGCUGCUCGCCCGGCCGCCAGGAGACGACACUGAGGCCUGGAAUUUGAGCAUCACGUUCAAGGUUACCAAGUUGAUAGAAGGACAAGACCAGAAUCACCAGCACUGGCUGAAGGUUUGCUGGCAUGGGUAAUCUCAUUAAGGUGCUAACCAGGGACAUAGACCACAAUGCAGCACAUUUUUUCUUGGACUUUGAAAGUACCUUAACAUGGGGAAUCUUCUUAAAGUUUUGACAUGCACAGACCUUGAGCAGGGGCCAAAUUUUUUCCUUGAUUUUGAAAAUGCCCAGCCUACAGAGUCUGAGAAGGAAAUUUAUAACCAGGUGAAUGUAGUAUUAAAAGAUGCAGAAGGUAUCUUGGAAGAUUUGCAGUCAUAUAGAGGAGCUGGCCAUGAAAUACGAGAGGCGAUCCAGCAUCCAGCAGAUGAGAAGUUGCAGGAGAAGGCUUGGGGCGCGGUUGUUCCACUAGUAGGCAAAUUAAAGAAAUUUUAUGAAUUUUCUCAGAGGUUAGAAGCAGCACUAAGAGGCCUUCUGGGAGCCUUGACCAGUACCCCGUACUCUCCCACGCAGCAUCUAGAGCGAGAGCAGGCUCUUGCCAAACAGUUUGCAGAGAUUCUUCACUUCACACUCCGGUUCGACGAACUCAAGAUGACAAAUCCUGCCAUACAGAAUGAUUUCAGCUAUUACAGAAGAACAUUGAGUCGUAUGAGGAUUAAUAACGUUCCAGCAGAAGGAGAAAAUGAAGUAAAUAAUGAAUUGGCAAAUCGAAUGUCUUUGUUUUAUGCUGAGGCAACCCCAAUGCUGAAAACCUUAAGUGACGCCACAACAAAAUUUGUAUCAGAGAAUAAAAAUUUACCAAUAGAAAAUACCACGGAUUGUCUAAGCACCAUGGCCAGUGUAUGCAGAGUCAUGCUCGAAACACCGGAAUACAGAAGCAGAUUUACAAACGAAGAGACAGUGUCAUUCUGCUUGAGGGUAAUGGUGGGUGUCAUAAUACUCUAUGACCACGUACAUCCAGUGGGAGCAUUUGCCAAAACUUCAAAAAUUGAUAUGAAAGGUUGUAUCAAAGUUCUUAAGGACCAACCUCCCAAUAGCGUAGAAGGUCUUCUAAAUGCUCUCAGGUACACAACAAAACAUUUGAACGAUGAGACUACCUCCAAGCAAAUCAGAUCCAUGCUGCAAUAGCAGCCCUGGGCGGGCGCCUGCUGUGGACAAAAGACAGUAUUCUGCAGUGGCUGAGAAUGCACAGUUUUUAGUGAUUGCAAUUACUAUCUCAUGUACUCCUGCUUUUUAUUUCUUUCCUCUGUUCCUCUUCCCUCUUUUUUAAUCAUGUUCUCGUUCUCAAGACUUCUUUUCUGUGCCAAAACCAGUAAAGUUCUACUCUGAAGGGACACUGUCCUUUCGAAUGGGCCAUCUGAGGCAGCUAAUUCCGCAUUGCAUUGGGGUCUCUACUGAGAAAAAUUCUGUGACUUGAACUAAAUAUUUUUAAAUGUGGAUUUUUUUUGAAAACUAAUAUUUAAUAUUGCUUCUCCUGCAUGGCAAAACUGCCUAUUCUGCUAUUUAAAAACCGUCAACGACUUUAUUUUCUACUGCCGCUUUUUUCAUGUGCAGCCAAAAUGAAAAUGUUUAAAUUAACUGUGUUGUACAAAUGGUACCCAACACAAACUUUUUUUAAAUUAGUAAGACUUUUGUUUAAAGUUUUAAGUUUGCAUUUUGACUUUUUUUGUAAGGAUGUAUGUUGUGUGUUUAACCUUUAUUAACUAACGUUAAAAACUGUGAUGUGUGCGUAGAAUAUUACGUAUGCAUGUUCAUGUUUAAAGAAUGGCUGUUGAUGAUAAAAUAAAAAUCAGCUUUCAUUUUUCUAA